UGAAAGAUACAAUGGCAACGAAAAAGGUUUAGUAAUUAAGGAAAGCUCUGAUACAUUAUAAUAAUAAAGUUCUACUUGUAUUGAACCAUGUCCUUUAAUACACAAUCACCCACCAUUGUGGUGUUGAAAGAAGGAACCGAUGCCUCCCAGGGUAAGGGCCAAAUCAUUAACAAUAUCAAUGCCUGUUUGGCCAUCCAAGAUACAUUGAAGCCAACCUUGGGUCCAUUUGGAUCGGAUAUUCUUAUUGUUUCAUCCAACGGUAGAACCACCAUCUCCAACGAUGGUGCCACCAUCUUGAAGCUUUUGGACGUUGUACACCCGGCCGCUAAGAUGCUUGUGGAUAUUCUGCGUGCUCAAGAUGCUGAAGUUGGUGAUGGUACCACUUCUGUCACUAUUCUUGCCGGAGAACUUUUAAAGGAAAGUAAAACUUUCAUUGAAGAUGGUAUUUCAUCCCAUCUUAUCACCAAGGGUUUACGUAAGGCCUGUGACUUGGCUGUUGCCAAGGUUAAGGAACUUAGUGUAGAGAUCAAAAAGGAUGAUCCUAAGGAAUUCCGUCAACUUUUAGAAAGAUGUGCCACCACUGCUAUGUCUUCUAAACUUAUCAGUAAGAACUCUGAAUUCUUCACCAAGAUGGUGGUUGACUCUGUUCUCACCUUGGACCAAAAUGAUCUUGAUGAAAAUUUGAUUGGUAUAAAGAAAGUUCCUGGUGGAGGAAUGGAAGAUCUGCAAUUCAUUGAUGGGGUUGCCUUCAAAAAGACUUUCUCAUAUGCUGGGUUUGAACAACAACCAAAAUCAUUCACAAACCCAAAGAUCUUGAACUUGAACGUUGAAUUGGAAUUGAAGGCUGAAAAGGAUAACGCUGAAGUUCGUGUUGAACAAGUUAAGGAUUAUCAAGAUAUAGUAGAUGCUGAAUGGAAAAUCAUUUUCUCCAAAUUGGAAGCCAUUAAGGACUCUGGUGCCAACAUUGUCUUGUCCAAGUUACCAAUUGGUGAUUUGGCCACUCAAUACUUUGCUGAUCGUGACAUUUUCUGUGCUGGACGUGUUGCUGCUCAAGAUAUGGAUAGAGUGAUCAAGGCUGUUGGCGGUAGUAUUCAAUCCACCUGUUCGAACCUCAAAGACCAUGAAUUGGGUACCUGUGCCGUUUUCGAAGAACAACAAAUUGGUUCGGAUAGAUACAAUAUCUUCAAGGGAUGUCCACAAGCCAAGACUUGUACAUUGAUCUUGAGAGGUGGUGCUGAACAAGUGAUUGCUGAAGUGGAAAGAUCCUUACAUGACGCCAUUAUGAUUGUCAAGAGAGCUGUUAGUCAUAACCUGGUUGUUGCUGGAGGUGGUGCCAUUGAAAUGGAACUUUCUAAAUACUUGCGUGGGUACGCUAAGACUGUUGCUGGUAAGCAACAACUCAUCAUAUCUGCGUUUGCCAAGGCCUUGGAAGUCAUUCCAAGACAACUUUGUGAAAACGCUGGACUUGAUGGUAUUGAUAUCUUGAACAAGUUGAGAUCUGCACAUGCCAAGGGUGAAACUUGGUUUGGUGUGGAUUUCCAACAAGAAUCUGUUGGUAACAACAUGACCAGUUUCAUUUGGGAACCAGCUUUAGUUAAGAUCAAUGCCAUUCUGUCUGCCACAGAAGCUGCCACUUUACUUUUAUCUGUUGAUGAAACUAUCAAGAAUGAAGAUGGUAAUGAACAACAAGGUGGAAGAGGUAGAGGAGCUUAUUAGUGUAUAUAAGGAAUCUAUAGAAGAAGGAAU